UUAAACAAUGGAACUGUCGAAUAUUGUGUACGCGUUUGCAAUAAUUACCACAGUCAGUAGUUCAAGUAACAGAGGAGCCCGUUCACCCAGUUUGGUUGGUGGAUAUGAAUAUUACCUUAAUGCAAUGCAGGAAUUGGUUUUUGAAUUGGAGAAAUAUGGUUGGUGGAACUUAAAAAUGUUAGACGUUACUCAAACACUAAACGAACAAAUGUACAACUGGCACGUGUCCGGUACAGUCAAUUACACAAAUGGUUUCGUCAUCUCCAUAGAAGAGAUUGACUUAUCUGAUAUUUCCACUGUGAUGACUAGUAGAACAGUUAACAACACACUAGAAUGGCACGGGAGUGUCAGAGGACAUGUCAAUCUGAGAGAUGUGCGUGUUGGCUUUGACGUCAUAGUCAAUUUAGACGGACAGCCUGAACAGAGAUAUACCGGUGUCUUCACACAUUCUUUAAUAAGGAUCCGUUGUACGAUGAAUAAGAACAUGAACGAUAAAAAAAAGACGGUGUCCGCGGAGACAGCUAACUUGAAUGCAGGCAGGGGCGUCCGUAUGAUUUACCUACCAGCAAACCAUGUCACACAAGUUCUAUCUAGACGGUAUCUACCCCAUGACAACUGGGAUAGUGUAAGCAGUUGGUGCAGAGACGUUAUCCAGCCAACACUGCAGAAGGUUGCUGAAAAAAUACAGUAUCCAAGUGUCUGUUUUGCCUGCUAAUAUCAACAAAUACAUCUUGCUUUUUUAAUUGAAAAUUGCUCCAUCUAUUGUAAA